UGUGCAUCCGCCUGUGUGAAUGUCCUUUUUUUCUUUAACACUCUCUCUCCCUCUCUCUCUCUCUCUGUCUUGUGUGCAUUUUUGAAGGAAUGCAACCCAUGGUUCUCCACCCUUUUCUGAAAAUCGGACAGAGACUUUAUGAUAGCGUCUCAAGAGUCGUUUUCUUCUGAAGCCUUUGUGUUGUUUAUACAGUUUCUCAGAUCAUUUGAUUUUUAAAUGUAACACCACAUUGUGUUUUAGGUCUGUAACCGCAACAUUGUAGUAAUUAUGGUCCUGAUCAUAAAAUGACAGAGGUAUUAAUACGUUGGUGUGCGAGUAAUGGGUUACCAGGCAUUGCUCUCAUUAUGACAAGAUUGUCAGCAUAAACAAAAGAUUGUCAAACAUAUGAGUGCAUCAAAAAAAUCCAGAUACUUUGCUUUAUUGCUUUCUUUAAAAACAUUUAUUUUUUUCAUAUCCAUAUCGCCUUUCUCAGUUCUUCGUCCCUCAAGCACCUCUGGCAUUUCUCUGUAAAACCACUCCCUCACUCUGACCUCACAUCUCAGACAAAGAGGCCAAACACCCAAAUAACAUUAUCUCACAAAAAAAGAAAGAAAAAGUUGUCUUCUUCUUUACUUUGGGCCUGCUUUUUUUUAACCAAAAACUCAGUCACCAGAUCCGUGAGGAAAGAAACAUUGGUGGCAGUUGUUGCACUUUUGGCAGUUGUUUAUCUUGAAUGAGCCACCGCUGAGGAGAAAUGUAAUUGGCUGAGAAAUCCAAUCAAGACGGCUGUUUUCUCAUCACGACCUGUGUGUUUGGUGCCCUAUCUGUGCUAUAGGGACAGAGUGAGCCUGUGGAUGGGAUACAUGGGCUAGAAAAGCACAAAAGUGCAACAAACUAUCUAUUUAUCAAUCAAUCAAUCAAUCACUAGUAGUGAUAAACUAGUCCUCAUUUAGCGGUUGAUCUUCAGGUAUGUAAGAAAGACCAGGAACUUGAAAAGUAAGGGGCCCACUUGUUCACCGAAUCAUGUGGCUCAUACCUUUCUUGUGUUUUUUUUUUUUACAGCUUUAUUGCUUUUUUAUAUCCACAGAUGCAUCCUUCUAUGUUCCAAUUUCAUGUGGCUCUCACUUUCGUUUCUUUGACAACUGCCAAUACAUUUCGCAGUAAUGAGUGUGUAUCUCUCUCUCUCUCUCUCUGUGCUUGUUCAUGUGAGUGUCAAAUGGUGUUAGCAAAAUCACUUAUAAGCACUCGAACAAAAUGUUCUCAUGUGAGAAAACAACAAACCACAAGUACACAAAGACAUUUCAGUCUGAGUGCAUAUCUUGAUUGUGUGCUUAUGGUUAUUCCGUGCACAUUAGAAACCGUGUUUGUGAGAGGCAUCGUUAAGCAUCUCUAUUUUCAGCCUUCACCGGACAUGAUUCAGACACAGACUUGUGUAAUUCCCUGGGUAAACCACAUGUGUGUGUGUGUGUGUGUUCAUGUGUCUGUGUGCACUCAAACUGCUGACAAUUCUUUACGAACAUACUGUCACCCUACCACAGCACUCACUACCUCAAAAUUGCCUUCUGUCUUUAGAAACCUUUAAAAAAUUAAAAUGCGUAAAGAAGAACAUUUUUACUGUCUUGAAUUGUCAAGCUUAGGAAGGCAAAAGCCAAAAGUCACGCUCAGUCGAAGGAGUCCAGUUCUUUGAGUACAGCAGGUGGAGCUAGAUUACUUCUGUAUACUUGGUUUAGGGGAUGAAAUUUAACAAAGUAAAAAAAAUGCCAGAGCACUCUGAAAGGAACUCCCAGGGAAAGGGCAGACCGAAACACACACACACACACACACACACACACACACAGAGAGAGAGAGAGAGAGAGAGGGGGAGAGACAUACUUCGUCAUUUCGGUCCGUACGUAGCGCUGCAUUUGAAUGAUGUCUAUCUUUUCGUCACCUUCCGCAAAUGGACAGAUGAACUUCGUCUCACCAUCAUGUGGAACAGCAUCAUAACGCGAUCAACGCAGACUAACGUCUAUUGCAAGUAUUGCCAGUAAACUGUGAUUAUUCACCGUAGGAGGGUCUUCUGAAGAACUCUGGGACACAGACUUCUGGAUAUCAAACUAAAAUUGGGUCUGUUCCGGUCGCCUACACACCGGAUGUUGAAGUAGGCAGCGGCCCUGUGUUUCCUGUACGGAAAGCUUCAGUUCCCAUGGAUCUGCGCGUGACCCAGAGGCGCUCGGGUGGCGAGGCGGCCAUGUUGUCCCCCCUCAUCUACAGCACCUUCAGUAGCCAGCCCUGCAACCAGUAUGCCCAGCAGCACAUGCAGUUCGCCAGACAGCAGAGAUGGAACGAGAGGGAGCGGGAGAGGAAGCAGGAGAAGGAGCAGGAACAGCUGCAACAGAUCCUGCACAAAGACCCCAGCGAGCAGAGCGCGGUGGCCAGUGCGGUGGUGAAGCAGAAGCUGCAGCAGAAGAUCCUGCAGAAGCUGGAGAGGACCAGCUCGGCCCCGCUCAGCACCCCGCCCCGCGGAUACAGGGAGCUGGCACCAGACCCUGAGAUGACACCCAAAUGUCACCUGGUGAGCCCCCCUGUCUCCCAGCAGCCCGAGUACAGGAAGGAGAGGACUCUCAGGAGGACAUCCUCUGAACCCAUCCUGAAAGUGAAGGCCAAAAGGAAGCCCAGCCCGAGGCAGAAUCCCCUAAGAAGCAAGCACAGACACCCAGAUGGCCUGGCGGACUCAUCUCCCAGCAGCAGUAGUACUCCAGUCUCUGACUGCAGCUCGUCCAACGACAGCCUGCCUGACAGAGUGCUCCCCCUCCCCACCCAACUGGCCCCUGAGGAGAUCAGUGGCCUUCUGUCCUCUCGCCUGCAGCCUGUCCUCAUCCUGGAGCCCUCGGGCCUGGUGCACACACAGUUCAUCACAGUGCCCACACUGGCGUCGGUGCCCUUGCAGUACCCACCUCUGAUGGACCGCCUGAUGGGGCCCAGCUCCCACAAGCAACUAGGCCGGACCCGCUCCGAGCCGCUGGCUGCCACCCACAGCCCCUCCCACCCCCACGCCCUCCUCAUGCAGCAACGCAAGCCCCUGCAGAGGCUCCCUCAGCACUCCCCCCUCAGCCAGUUCGCCUGUAAGCCCCGGCUGAAGCAGAUCUUGUCAGAGGAUCUGGACCCAGAGGAGGAUGAGGAGAGAGAGGAGCUGAUGGCGGAGAGAGAGAGGGAGAGAGAACGAGAGCGGGACGCGGCCAGGGAGAGGGAGAUGGUCUUCCGCCGAGUGGAGCCGCCAAGCAUCACCAUGAAGGAGAGCCAGAGGGAACACAUCACCCUGCAGAACUCCAUCAUGAGACAGAGGCAGCUCAUGCCAGUCCCUGUCCUGACCAGCGGCACCCACCGCCCGCUGGGGCGUGCGCAGUCGUCCCCGGCCUCUACGUCCUACUCUGUGCCUGACACCACUGUGCCCUCUCCAGUCACCACGGAGCCUGCCAGCAAACUGCGCUUCACCACUGGGCUGGUUUAUGACUCACAGAUGCUGAAGCACCAGUGUACCUGCGGUGAUAACAGCUUUCACCCCGAGCAUGCUGGGAGGAUCCAGAGUAUUUGGUCUAGACUGCAGGAGCGGGGCCUCCGCAGCCAGUGUGAGACCAUUAGAGGCAGGAAGGCAACACUGGAGGAGUUGCAGUCAGUUCACUCGGAGAAACAUGUGCUUGUGUAUGGCACCAACCCUCUCAACCGCCUUAAACUGGACCGCUGCAAAAUCACAGGAAUAUUAUCACGGAGGAGGUUUGUGAUGCUGCCCUGUGGAGGAUUUGGGGUGGACUCGGACACGGUGUGGAACGAGAUGCACACGUCGACGGCGUCGCGGAUGGCUGUGGGCAGCGUGACUGACCUGGCCCUCAAAGUGGCCCAGGGUGAACUCAGGAAUGGAUUUGCCGUGGUGAGGCCUCCUGGACACCACGCGUCUCACUCGGAACCCUUGGGUUUUUGUUUUUUCAACUCUGUGGCGAUUGCAGCAAAGCAGCUCCAGCAGAGACUGAAUGUCAGCAAGAUUCUCAUUGUUGACUGGGAUGUUCACCAUGGCAAUGGCACCCAGGAGAUCUUCUACAAUGACCCCAGUGUUCUGUACAUCUCCCUGCAUCGCUAUGACGAUCGUACCUUCUUCCCUGGCAGCGGAGCCCCAGAGGAGGUGGGGAUGGGUGCAGGUGAGGGCUUUAAUGUGAACGUGGCCUGGAACGGAGGACUCAACCCACCCAUGGGCGAUGCGGAGUACCUGGCAGCCUUCAGGACGGUUGUGAUGCCCAUUGCCCAUGAGUUCGCUCCCGACAUGGUGCUGGUGUCGUCUGGCUUCGAUGCUGUGGAGGGCCAUACAGCAGCUCUGGGGGGCUACCGAGUGUCAGCCAAAUGCUUUGGCUUUCUGACCCGGAAGUUAAUGGAGCUGGCCGGGGGUCGCGUGGUCCUGGCUCUGGAGGGCGGUCAUGACCUCACUGCCAUCUGCGACGCAUCUGAGGCCUGUGUCAGCACCCUGCUCAGCAACGAGGUGGAGCUCCUCUCUCAGGAGGUCCUCCAGCAGAGGCCCUGUGCUAACGGGGUGCGCUCCCUGCAGCGCCUGAUCCAGGUUCACAGGCCGUACUGGCGCUCUGUGAAUGCUCUGGCCCACACGGUGGACAUGUCCUACCUGCAGGCACAGAGGCGGGACUCCGCCAGCGACGCCGUCUCUGCCCUGGCCUCCCUCAGCGUGGGCGUCCACAGCAACAGCAGUUCUGCUCACCAUGAGUACAUGGGACAUGACCCCGACCACUCCAUGUAAGAGGCAGCCGUCUCUCCCAACCCCCAGGAUGCCCCCCCCCCCCCGUCUACUGAUGCCUGUCCUCUCCUUAUCAGGGGAUACUCCUGCAGGGAGACCUGCAGCCAACUGAAUGUCUUUCAGUGCCUUGCUAUCCGUCAUAUAAGCUUUAAAACCAGCAAUGACAAAGAAGACUGAAUCAGUAAUAUGGGAUUCUUAAAAAAAAAAAAAAAAAAAAAAAUGACAUGGGGACAUUCAGUUUUAAUGUCGAAAUAUUGUGAAACUUAAGAGUUCUUUGAUUACUACUCUUCACUUCUUCAGCUUUCGCUCUUUGAUACUGGUAGUCUUCAAACUGUCAUAUAGGUUGAUAUAUAUUGGGGUUGUAGUCUGUGGCCACUUGAUUACGGGGGGGGGGGGGAUCACAGGAUACCUGGGGUCGUAGGGUUAAAGGUGAUGCCCUUUGGUACAACAGAUGUUCCUCUGUUGGGUAGUCUACACAAGGUCCAGAGAUGUGGGCUGAGUUCAUGGCUAGUGCUUCUUUCACUGCUAAGGUGUUGUACACCAACAGCGGCUCUCCUUCCUUGACCUGAAUGAUCACGCCAUUGAAAAGGGUGGUGGCGGCGGUAGAGGGAAGGAAUGGUUUGGAGCAGUUUGGCUAAACGCUCCGAAUCUGACCAUCAGGGCACUGUCAAGGUUGGAAGAAGUAGUAAAUUGGCGUGACCAGUAUCGAAGGAAACCAAAGAAGGAAGUGCCAGUAUGCUGGAUGCCACACACGGUGCCUUCCUCACUGUGAAGUGAAGAAAAUAUGUUUUUUUUUUUGUUUGUUUAUUUUUUUUUUAAUGAAACCAUUUUAUUGAGCACUGUGUUGAAGUUCUCUUAUACUGUCCUGGGGUUGUUUUGAGGAGUUAACCCUGAUGUAAGACAUGAAGCAUUUUUUAUUAGGUGGAGUUUAUGAAGGAAUUUUCCAGAAAGCAUUCAGGAAGUAAACAAAAAUAGACGUUCCUGUUCGUACUGAGCUGUUAGUUUAAACUAUGCCUUUUAGUCAUUCCUUUUUUCCUCAAAAACCAAAACACACAGCUGUCUUAAGGAAUUAUUCCUCAAAAACAAGAGACCUCUGUAACUUCUUUUUCCAAUUCAUUGUAACUCCACUGCCAGUGAUUUAGAAUUUCGAGUUCAGUUAAGUACAGCAUGAAACAGGCAAGCAGAAAAAAAAGUAACUCAAAAAAUGAGACCAGCUUGAGAUGCUUGCAUUACAAUGACAUGCUGGACUUCACAGGAUCCUGUCCACUGACGAAAAUGCACUCCAGUUGCCUUAACAAAAAAUUGGUCCGUAGCACACAAACAUCCAGCCGAAUAUGUCUUUAUAUUCCUGAUUGAAACAAAUUUAGUUUUUAUGUUAGAGCUCACCCAUGAAGACCAGUGUUUUAACCUGUGGACGUAUAUGCCUACCAUGUUACAGUAUGUACCUAUUUGAGGCUGCAUUCCUUCAAUAUAUAUAUAUAUAUAUAUAUAUGUAUUUUUUUUUUUUUUUAACAAGACCAGUGAGCUAUGUGAGCCUCACAGCCUAUAAGUGUGUGUACUGAAGGUUGUUUUAAAGUAUAUAUUUAUAUAGAGUUUCCAUUUGUGGACCAAUGAGUGAUUUUUUAUACUGUUGGGUUUCUGCAUGUUGUUUGGUGUGUCCUUAGCCUAAGUGUUGGGUUCGGUGCUAGUCGCAAAGCAUAUUUAGACCUUGAGGCCUUAAUGACAUACUCCUUAGACGCAGCACAGCUCGUAGGACAUCGUAGCUGUUGAGCAGUCUCUCAUUUUGUUGUCAUCUCCGAGAUGACACUCGCUCGACAUUCUCCAGUUCCCUUGUUUGACAGUGUCUCAUCGCAAGAUGUUAGGGUGUCCUCGGACAUGUCCUCGGCCUUACUCCGUCCUUGCCCUCGCGUAGCCGAUGACGACACGAUGAGAUGGCCUGCUUGCUUUUGUUCUCGGGCCACGGUCAGUCAGCAACAUCAGAGAGAGAAAGAGAGUAAGGGAGAGAGAGGGAGAGAGAGAGAGAGAGAGAGAGAGAGCCGAGGACGAGCCAUCAUCUGGAACCGUUAUGAGUCCGUAUCGGCGGUUCUUUUGGAAUCAUAAAAGAGGGAGAGGGGUCUGAGAGGGCUCCGUUCCCCCGUUUGAAUUCCAGGAACGCAGCAAUGGAAUUAACCCUGAACGUCGUCUCACCUUCCCAAGGCUUUUCAUUUUUCGGGCCCCAUAAUCGAAUGUUUUUGGGCCCGCUGAGGCUCGUCCUGAGCUGAGAUCUGAGCACCUGAAUGUAACUUGACGUCUCGCACAUUUUGUUUGCGUUGAUCUCCGUGCUCUGAUGUGGCCGAUACUCAAGUUACAUCCCUUGCAGAAAUGCACCCCCUCUCUCCCCCCUUUGCACCAAAACUGAUCAUAAGAUUUUUGUAAUAUCUCCCAAAAAAAAAAGUGUCUUUUGAAAAAAGCCCUCCUAAUAAUGAAAGCUCUAUGGGUCCAUUCAGUAUGACUGCCAUGAGAGGUGCUAUCAUGUGCACUGGAAGCUUCUCACAUCCCAAUAGGUUUUGUAGCUAUGUGGCAAAUGACUUCAUGGUGCUUUUCAGGAACCCAGGCAAUGAAUGUCUUAUUAGAUUAGUCUAAUACUGAGUAAAUGUUUUAUAUUUGCUUCCUAAAUAGAAAAAAAAGAGUAGGUGCCCAGCGCAGUCUUAGAAAAUGAUUCUUUUUUCACCUAUUCCUUGUUUAUCAGUGAGUGGGCAAUGUUUCUCUGGAUCUAGCACUGAGAGGCAACUAACUGGAUCAGAUGUCCAUGGAAUCUCGAUUUUAACAAUAGAAUUCCCCGAAUUCCCCAAAUAAAAAUGAGAUAGUAGCACUUUCCUUGUUGUGGUAAAGAUGCCCUUGUGCAUACUGUAUGUUUUAUUUUUUUUCCUUGUCUUAUGUUUGUGUAUAGUAUAUUUUUGUUUGUUUGAUUGUUUGAUCAUUAAGUAAGUUGGUCCAUGUUGACGUGCUGUACAUGUCAAGAGAAAACCUAGCCGUGUUUGCUCAGACCAUCUCGCCUGUGAGUGAGUGUGUGUGUGUGUGUGUGUGUGUGUGUGUGUGUGUGUGUGAGACUGAACUGUGUGUCUCUUGAUCUUGCGAUUGGAAUGCUCUUGUUAUGAUCUUUGUUAGAAUUGUAGAUAGCUCAAGGAGACCAAAAGCACCAGCAUGUGCCUCAAAUCAAGCUGACAAACCUGUGUAAAGGUAGCCUUAAAAAAAACUGGAAGAUUAUGCAUCGAAAAAUAGCUUUCUGAGACAAAAGAAUGAUAUCUUUUAACUUUUUUCAUGUUAUUGGAUGUAUGCAAUGUAUUUGUACAGGUGAGAAUGACUAUACAUUUUAUACUGUUUUCUACUAAUUUCCUCCAUUAAAAAGAAACCCAUGUUUGUCCCUGA